AUGUCCACCCACGGGACUACUUCCACCAUUCCCAGCGGUGAUAUCGAUGCGGCCCUCCGAGAGCGCAAACCACGGAACCUCCCCAUGGCUGUGUCUGUUGCCCCGAAGCCGCAACUCAUAGGCGAAACGUGGUCUGAAGCACAGUACAAGGAGCAAUGUGAUUGGAUGGUCGCCGAGAACGAUACGAAGUGCGAACUGGCCAUUUCUAUCUCCAUGGACGGCUACCUCUGGGUCAAGCGGACGGGCUGGGAUGAUAGCCAAACCGCCCAUGAUAUAUUCACAUUGAUCAGGAGGUGGCUUCGCAGGACGCAUGAGUAUAAUCUGAUGGAACUAUACGGGGAUCUCAAAACCCAUCAGAUUAUUGAGCGAGAAGGCGAAACAGAGUCCACUGUGGCCAUGAUGGACGGGACGGUGUACAAUUCCCCGCGAACGAUCAAGAAUAGGCUUUAG